AUGAAUGACUCUCGAGCCAUUGAGCUCGCCUCAGAACUAUUUGCUGACGCUCAAGCAUUGAAGCAAAUAGGAACUCCAGAUUCGCCUGGCGCGGCGACUGCGCGUGAGCGAAUUCUCGACUUCGCUUUUGAGAUCUACAAUCUUUUGUUGGACCCGGCGGAGCUUCUCAGGACUCAUGCUUCGCACGCCAAUUUGAUCUCCCUACACUUUAUCCAACGCUUUAACAUCGCUACCAUCGUACCGCCGGACUCUGGCAUCUCCUACUCUACAAUCGCCUCCGCUUGUGGGCAGCUUGAGCAAACUGUCCAGCGCAUUCUACGGCAUGCCAUUGGUUUACAGAUCUUUCGCGAAGAACAUCCAAGCAGCGAUGUAACUUUUGUCUAUCACACACCAGCCUCUCUUCUCCUCCGCGACCCCUCCUUCGGAGCAUGGAUGGGCGCGACCUGCGAGGAGAGCUGGCCAGCCGCAACCCGUACCGUAGACGCCUUGACAGCGUUCCCAUCAGCAUCGGAGCCGACAGAAAGUGGCUGGGCAUUAGCUCAUUCGACCCCUCCAUUCCCUACCGGUAUUUCCAGCGCUUCUGAUCAAUCAAGCUCUGAUGGCGGUGGUGCCUCACCGUCGCCCCCACGUCAAUCCUUGUACGAUAUCAUCGCUUGCAGCCCCGCCCGCGCAGCCCGCUUCUCCACAGGGAUGUCUGCCUAUUCCAGCGGGCCAGGGUACGCGCCGGACCACUUCGUCAGGGCACGUGGCGAUCUGCUGGCGAGAUUGCCGAAGGGGUCCGAGUUCGUCGAUGUCGGGGGUGGCCUGGGCCACUUCGCCCGUGCGCUGCGCGAAAGUAAACAGUGCCAACACCUCGACUUCGUCGUCCAGGAUCUGGAAAAAGUCGUCUGCAGAGCGGGAGACUACGCGGGAGAUCUCCAGAACGAUGGUUCGCACGGACAUCCAAAAAACGGAAAUGGAAAUGGAAAUGAGGGACAGAGGCAGGGCCAAAUCGUCUUCCAGGCGCACGAUUUCUUCACGCCGCAGCCCGUCAAGGGCGCUGCUGUGUACUUCCUCCGCUGGAUCUUGCAUAAUUGGAGCGACGAGUACGCGGUGCGGAUUUUGCGGAAUAUUGGCCAGGCGAUGAGCGAGAAAUCCCGCUUGAUUAUACAUGAUUAUUGCAUCGAAGAUCUGGACAAGCUCUCUUUACGUAAGAAGCGGGCAGCCACGAAUAUGGACAUCGGAAUGAUGCAAUUGCUGAAUGCCCGAGAGCGAGACGAGGCGCAGUGGAAGGAACUUCUCGCGAAAGCGGACUCUCGAUUUCAAUGGAUCGGUGUUACUAGACCGCCAGGAAGUGCACUCGCUAUUAUUGAAGCUUCGUGGGGAGAGAUCUAGCUAGGUAUUAUGGGUAUUUAAGAGCAAUUUGAGCGUAAAUGAAUCAUUGAUAGGUACCUUAUAGUGCGAGGCAUUCCACAGCACUGUGCGUAGACAUUCAGCCACUCUGUUUCAGCUGAGAUUUGAGAAAAAUUAUUGGAAAUCUCAU